AUGUCGGAACAACGCGACAUGUUUGAAACACACACAGCAUCAGAGCUGGCGACCCACGAGGUACAAAUCUCUGCCUGUUUUGCCAUCAAAGGUCUCCCUGUUUGCAAAGUCCAGACAUAUGCAGAGAAGCAGCCGAGUAUCGAAGAACCCGGUUUCAGGGCGUAUGAUCUACGGACUCCAAUUUUCCAUAUCAGCCGUGCAGGAUCCAGGAGGGAGGCGAAAGAACCGCCUUCCCUAAUCCUGAAAGCCCUUAGCCGUGAGAUAGCAGCAGGCGUCUAUUGUCUGGGCUACAUGAUCCACUGUCCACUUCCCUUCAACCCGUACUACCCAUUGACCUUUGAGGCUGAUCCCGACGACCAUUGUUUACAGUCACGGGGCGGUUAA